CUCCCUCCUCUCUCUCUCUCUCUCUCUCUCUCUCUCUGAAUAGGUCCCUCACACGCACACACAAAUAAAUUUUCAAGCAGCAUUCAUGUUUCCUUGCAGAAUGCGGUGGCUUGUUCUUGGCGUUUUCAUGAGCAUCUGUUGCUUGGUUUACGGUCGUGACAGUGACAAUGCUAGGGUGGCAGCGAUAGUGAAGACCACCAAGACAGCUUUUAUUCUCACCACCUCAACCACCACCACGCCUUUUACAUGCGCUCUUUACACCAACACGGCGGCUAUCUGUCAGAGGCGCCGCAGUCUACGCUAUGUAUCUCUCACGGAUCCAAACAACAUGUCCAACCCCGUUCAUGGAUCCAUGCUCGAUCUGACGAACCCCGAGGACAAGGACGACGUGAACGAGAGGGAUCCGCGGAUCGCACUUUCCAUCCAUUUCACAACCACCUCCACCUUCACCGUAACCUCCACGUCCAUCAACAGUGCAAUAACCUUCUCUUUAUCCUUCUUCUGCACUGUCAAUGGAGCCUCAUAUCCACCGGCCUGUGGUUAACGGCUGAAGGACGACACCACCACGAGCCUCAAGGAGUGGAGACUGAGGGAAGCAAAUUCGAGUAUUGUAAGUAUUUGCUCCUUCUCCUCUCCAUUCUCUACGACAUUCAAGAGUCCGUGAUUGCAUCCUGUAUCUCUUGUACUCUUCUCUGUCUUCAGAAUAUUUCUUGAGUUUUGGUUUGUGUAAGGCAACUCGUUCACCAACUUACAGCACGUCUAUAUUCUAAGAAACCCUUAUUUAUAACUUCGUGUCGGGGUCAGUUAUGUAAAUACAUGAAUAUACACAUUUCAAUA